CGCCAAUACUUAGUACAGGAACAGGCAGCGACUACGAUGCCGACAGGCCCGACGGACACCAUCUUCGAGCGCGAAGACGACGAGGAGACGUAUGGAGACGGCGAUGAAAAUGCACAUCGUGAUCGAGCGCGGAGCCUGGAAGACUUGGACUUGUCCGGCGACGAGAUGGCUGACCUGCACAAGGAAGGGUCGGACGCGGCGGCGAAACGCACGUUGGACCCCAACAUGUUGAACGAAUUGCUGCUCGUGUGUUCGAAUCUGGGCGUCAUGACGGAGACCGAAGACGGUGGCACGAUGUUCACUCGGGGCGAGGAUUGCGAGGAAUGGGUCCACGAUUUGCAGCGCGCAAUUCGACGGGAUCAUGCGACGUACCGUCUCGUGGGCAAGACGCUGGGGCGGUGGAAGAUCCUGCAGAAGAAGCUUCUUCCGCUUCUGAUCAACCAUCAAAACGACUGGUCGUUGGUGUUUUCGAUCCUCAAGGUGCUCGUCAUGUUGACGAUGAAACCCACCAACGAAUCGGACAACAUUGCGAUUCAGUUGAGCUACUUGCGAGGGUACAAACAUGCGUUCCUUCAGCACGGCGUGAUCCAAGUGCUCAUGGCCAUCCUCGUGGAACCGUUGUCCCGCGAAGGCUCGUCGCGCACGUCGCAGGACUACUUAAACAUGGAACUGGUGCUGACCCUGUUUCGCAACCUGCUCGCGAUCCCGAACGCAGACAGUCGCGUGCUCACGUCCGCUACAAAUUACUUGUCUCGCCUGCAAGAGGACUUGAUUUGCAUCUUGCACGACGAAAACGUGUUUGACAUGCUGCUGCUGUUUGCCGAAGAUAUCGAGGCGGCCGAAAACCGCGAAUGGAACUUGCUUGUGAUGGAAAUGCUCGACUUGGUGGUUCAAACCACCACCCCCAAGCAGUUGGUCGCGUCGAUCGCUUCUUCGACUUCUGACGACAAAGUUGUGGUUGCCCCCGUCGUCGUUGCUACUACUAGUACUACUACUACGCCAUCGCUACUAACGCAGCUCCACCAACAACACAAAACCACAUACAACCGACACUCCAACUUUGGCGGCAUGCUCGUGCUGAACGGGGUCAUGGGCCGGAAGACAGUCGUCACUGACUUCUCCAAAACCGGCGACCAAGUCAUCCCCCAGGCCCACCGCAAGCCGCCGCGCCAACAGGCCCGCAAGCGUCACGGCAUUAACGACAUUAGCGAAGUGUUUGGGUCGAAUACCACGUGCGCGGUGGACGGCGCGUCGGCCCUUGGCACGGCUCUUCGCUACGUGUGCGACUCGUUGCUAAGCAAGUGCUACACGUCGUUGACGACAUCUCUCAAGAACGAGUUCCGUCGAGGCAGCGCCAAGUUGCUGCCGAACGACCGACUGCUGUACUUUCACUUAAUUUGGUUUCUCACGGCAUACCAUCGCGCCAAGGGGCCACACCUGAGCAAGUUGCACACCCACGCGGUGCUCGCUUACGAAGCCAAGAAAGCGCUCGGGUUCCAAACGGAUGGACUGGAUGCAUCGCUGGCUGUGGAGGCGCCCCCGCCGAUGGUUUCGUACGAUCAGAAGGCGAUUCUAUCGACAUUGGACAUGUUUUCAUUCAAUUUCGUGCUCCAGUCGAUUGAGAGUUUUGCCGAGGUCAAGAACCACCAUGCGAUGAUGUUGGCGGUCAAGUUGCUCGCGGAAAUGAUCGCCAUGCUGACGGACCUGAGCACAAGCGACGACAUCCGACUCCAGCGCAUUGGUCAUUCUUUGCAGCACAAGUUGUUUUACGAGCGUGACUUUUUGGAUCGGUUGCCCAUCUUGAUCAAGUCGUGGAUUCCGACCGCGUUCAACUUUGAGUACGCCACGAACGUCGUCACAUUGACCCACUUGGUGCUAAAGAUGCUGGAAUCCCAAGGCGACCACUUGAAAGUGUUGCAAAAGCGGCGGCAUGGACAAGCCAAAAAACCUAAGUCCAAGGACGACGAGAACGAGUCCGAAGAGGAGACGGAUCGGUUGAUUGAGCAGGAAAUGCGGCGCAAGGAGGUCCAGUUCGACUCGAAAAAGUACUUUGGAUCGAUGGUCACCCAUGAAACCAUCCAGUUGUACUGCUACGUGCUGCACCAAUACAAGACCAACACCGCCAAAGUCAACCAUUACGUGUACGCCUACUUCUUCCGCGUCCAGCAGUUCCACGCAAUUGAAGACGGCACGAUGGAGCCGAUGCUGUUCAAUAUCCACGUGCUCCUAGUGUUCAACAAGAUGCUCCAAGACACGGCAACCACGGGUCGAUCCCAAACGUUUCGUCCGUUUGUCGAGUUUAUUCGGACGAUCAUUCGGAAUUUCUUUGCGCUGGCCGACACCAACCACUUGGUUUUCGUCGAGUCGCUAAUCCGGCACUCGUAUGCGCCUCGAACAUGUGCGCAGAUCCAAAACAAAUACAAGUCAAUGGCCAUGGGCAGCAAGGACGCCAUAUCUGUUGGUCAAGAUGACAACAACGACAACAAGGAGCUUCGAAAGUACCUUCCGGGGAACUUUGACCUGGACGGGGAGGCCGAGUUCGAUGGCGGAGUCGCGUCGUUUGGCGUGAUGGCACCAGCAUCUUCAUCCGCCGAUGUGGCCCUUGCCGGCGCUUCUGCCCCAUCCACGAAAUCCUCCAAGAACGCCGUUCGAAAGAAGCGCGACAACACCAAGAUGUGGAGCAAGGUCGAAGAUCGGUAUCUGGGCAAAAUGUACCACAAGUACAGGCACCUGCCGUCUGUGUUUGAAGUGAUUUCGUACGAAGACAUGUUUCAAGACCGAGAUCGGACGCCCGACCAGAUUGAACGCCGAGUGAAACAUCUCAAACUGCACAAACUGCACGAGUACGACGUGUCAUCCGACUCUGACGACAAACAAGCAGAUAAACCAUGGGACAAAGGCGACGAUAGCAGCGACGACGACGGCGGCAACACAUCAGGCAAGCCGUCGGUGGAACGGGGGGCGACGACUCUAGGCACGCCAAUAGAACGCCCGGUGGUACGGUCGAGGCGGCGGCGGCGGUUGGUUCGCCACGCCGCGUCGAACGACAAGGACGAGAGCAACUCGGACGAUGACUUGGCCAUGUUGACUGGAGCGUCAUCAUCGAAAAAAGCGGCAAAUGUACCUGCAAACAAGAAGCAAAAGACCGACGGAGGAGAAGAAGGUGAUGCUGAUGUCCCAUUGGGGACCACCCUCUCCCCCUUAUUGAAGCAAAAGUCGACGACUCGGUUGAUUCGAACCAAUCACGACUCGGACGACGACGACGACGACGACCUGGACGAACUCAUGGCGGCGUCUCGACGAGCCCAAGUAUUGUCUGAGGAGAGGGUGACCCCCGAGUCCCCCAAGCGCCGACGGGGAAGCGACGAUGACGUGGCAGAUGAUUUCUCGAGCUCGAAACGCAGGCGCCCCCACGAAGAAAGCGAACCAUCGACAGCAGAUGUAGGAUCAACCACCCACGACCAACCAAUGGAUGACGAGCAAAGCGAAGUGCGCGGGGCGAUCGAACAGAGCGAGGACUACACGUUUGACCAGAGCAUCGACAUGUAGUAGUUAGUCUGUACUAGUUCGCAGCUAGCUCCACAUCAUAGAGUAUACUCGUACUAGUACUUAGUAUCUGUGGUAUAUAAUAUACAGUAUAUAGCCAGUAUAUAGCCAUCAUCGUACGACAA